AUGGUGGCUUCCCCAGCGCCGAAUGUUCAUCUGACGAUGAUGAAGGAGUUGUUAGCAUCAGGCGACUACUCUGACUUCACAAUCACUUGCGGAAGUGACACAUACCGCGUCCACAAGAACAUCGUCUGCAAGCGUUCUGGCUUCUUCGAGCGCGCUGAAAGGUUUCCGCGGCCUGUUGGCGAAGAAGCAAGUGAAGGCAAAGUCGAUCUACCUCAAGACGAGCCAGAAAUCGUACGACUGCUCGUUCAGUACCUCUAUGAAAAUGAUUACAAAGUGGAUUCCGACGAGAAACGCGAGCAGAAACAGGCUGCUGUAGACCUGCGGUCGCAGCGCAGCCCCGGUGGCUGUGGUUACCUCUUAAAUUUUCCUCACAAAUGUGGUCAGGGCUGUAGUUAUCCUACCGUUUGGGUCUGCCCGCAUCAUCGCUGCAUCAAUAAGUGCUGUUCAGCCUGCAACUUCACAUGCAGUACCUGCUCCCCGAUUAUCGAAGCAGGCGAGACUGACCCAAAGUUGUUGCUCCUUCACUCCAAGAUGUACGCAAUUGGCGACAAAUACGAUGUGGUAGGCCUCAAGGAGCUAGCACGCACAAAUUUCCGUACAAUCAGCAACAAAGUGUGGAAUCACAAAGCCUUCGCAGAAGUAGCAGACCACGUUCUCAGCAGUACACCAGAUAGUGACGUUGGUCUACGAGAUGUACUCUGCGAGAUGAUUGGAUUGUAUGUCGAACUGCUCAACAAGCCAGCCUUUGCAGAUCUACUGAACAAGCAUACCAAGUUCAUGUUCAAGGUUCUCAGACGUGUAUGCGAAGUUAAGGGAGGCCUGAAACCCACCGGUUGA